AAAACCUAGUCGCCAUUUUGAUAAGAGGAAUGAUUUUUCCGAAAUAACUGGAAACAUCAUUAAGUCUUUCGCGUGUUUAAUGAUUUGUCAACUGUUUCUAAAUAUAACACUGAACUAAAUAAAUUAAUAGGAACAUGCAGUUUAAAUUAUGCGCAUGGUAGAUCUCCAGAUUAGCUGUAACAAUUAUGUAAAAGAUGUGACCUUUUAAAUUCCUAUCACCGCGUUUUUACAACGAUUUUUUAAAUCAUGUUUUGAAAGAACUAAUAUGACGCUUUAGAAGACAUUUUAAGUCUUGUAAAAUAUUUCAUACUAUCAGUGGGCUUAAAGCAGCAACAUGGCGUGUUGAAAAACCGUCAACAACAAUGUUUUAAAACGUUUGUUUACAUCGUGAAAAACUACUCAGAACUUUGUAAAUAGUAAACAAAUAUACAGGUAGCCACUGUAAAUAAUGGAAGAAGACAUAUUGUAGCACUUAUCAUCAAGUGAAUGCACUUUGUGCUUCACAGGUGGCAAUUUGCAAUUGUAUUUACUUUGUUUUUGGUGCUAUUGGACGUUGCCUCAGGUUUUAUCAGUCACACAUUUUCAAUGUGCCUUACUGUGGAUUUAACCUGCUCAUUCACUGGACAUAAAUAACAAAAGACACCAUAACAAAGACUUGGAGAACCAUUAUCCUUGGGGGAAUUUUUACACCCAAAAGGGGAAAAAAGGAUACUUUUAAGUCUUUGCGUUGACCAUGGUUUAAUAUGGCAACAAACAACGCUCCAAAGCAUGACUUUGCACCGGCCUGGCUGAAAAUUCCAAAUGCGGAGAAUUCUAAGCCAUCCGGAGUUAAUAAAGGUAAACGCUUUCCUCCGGGUCCAACCAACAAGUACCGCCAUCAUUCUGUGGAUGACGACUACUAUGCAUACUACAACGGUUACCCAUACUACCCUGGCUACAGUUACCAUGACAUCAAGUACGGCAUGCACUACAGCUCCCAGCCCACCCUUGUACGGGCCAAUGGCCAGCGAGACACCAAGUACCAGCAUCCCCAUGCCAGAUAUGGAGUGGGGCAGGGCAUGAACGUGGGCUAUCCCCCGUACUACGACUUCCUGCCUCCCUUCGAGAAUUACUAUUCCGACAGAGAGUACUACAACAACAACAACUACCCAUCACAGCGAGGCAGCUCCAAGAAAAGUUACUACGAGAAGGACGGCCGCAGCAACUCUAAGGAGGGCAAGGAGAAGGACGAGAGGAAGGAGAAGGAGACCGACAAGCCUUUUAAGGACGACUUUCCAUCUUUGAAUGGAGAUGAGGAAAACAUAGACAAACCCAGCAAGCAAGUCAAUGGCACAGGAGUGUGGGAGAAUCCACCCCUGAGUAAGGCCCCCAAUACAAAGCCUACUGAAGAGAAUGGAGAAACUAGUCAAUCCAAAGUGCUCAGAGAUCCCACUUUUUAUAAAUACCUUGUUCCCAGUAAGGCUACAACGUCAAGGCGACCAACUAGAGUGAAUGGCAGCUUUCCCCGUGAUGAACCGUCGUUUGCCGCCUUGAAAAUCAGCAGCCCCACAGCAAUUAGCACUAACAGUGUGAAAACUAGUAAAGAGAGUUCUACACAACCAUCUACCCCUCCCAUCGACAUCCUCAACACCCGCUUUGUCACCCAGCCGAAAACACUCGCUGACAAGAAAAGUCAUUUCUUGAAAACAUUACGGCAAGAGGACAGCGAUAAAGUUGGCAAGAAGGAGUGUGAUGAUGUUACCAAUGGGGUUGGAGCUCUCGAGUUGGACGAUUCAAACCUGUCAUCAUCUUUAGAGGCUGAGCAAAGGUUGCUAAGGGAGAUGGGCUGGAACGAGGCAGACGAGGAGACGUACGUGAUAACGGAGGAUGACAUGAAGGAGUUCCAGACACUCUCCAAGCACCUACAGAAUCAGCGGCCCGCACGCAACGGCAUCACCAAACCAGCUAUACCGAAAACAUGGAGCCCCAAACAUGUGCUAGUCUACCAGCCGAAUCCAUCCGAACUCAACGAUACUCUGUCUUCAUCUGACUCUGAGUCCGACGUGGAGAACUGAUUGUGUUACGCGUGUGUUUUUGAUUGUCAGAUUUGAAUGUCCAUCGUGUGUGACUGACUUAUCAGAACUAUAGGGGGGUUACAAUGGGGUUUGUUUCCCUAUUAGACAACGUUCCACAAAUGCCGCAGACUUGUGUUUUAAUUGUGAAGCCGAUGUUUGCGCACUGUGACACACACGCAACCAUCGUAUUGUAGAUGUAUUUCAAUCAUCGUGAACUUUGCUCAUGUAUUUCUCUUCAAAGUGCUCUCCAAGGGGAGGUAACUUUUGUGUCCACAUGUAGUCAGGAAAUAUCUCAUUUAUUUCAAUCCCAUGGUAUGUUCUCAGCUAUUACGGUUGCUAACCGACGGAGAUAUAACGUGUUUCAGUGUAUUAUUCAACUGCCAUAGAAUAGUGUUUGAAGAGUCUGAUUUGAUUUUGGAAGGCAACCGUUACGUGUGAGAGCAUCUGCUUUGUUUAUACAUUGUUAAAUGGAAAUAUUUUUAUAAUGUGUGCUCAUUUAUUCCGCAAUGAUAAUAGAUGCUGUAGAUUUAUCAACCAUUACACAAAUCGUUUGUAUAUAGUGUUAUAAAUUAAUGAAUUUGGUAAAAAAGUGUUCCUUGAAAAUUGUAACAAUAUUAAACAUUGUGUUGUUGUAUUUGAAAUAUUUAAUACUGUAGACAGGGAAAUGUUAACUUUGUUAUGGAAGUUAUGCAGCGUUUGUAAUUCAUAAUGUAUGUUGGAUCAGUGAAGCUUCGUAUGUUCUGUUCCGCUUUCCAAAACAUGCAUCAUGGAUUCCUUGUUUGAUUUUUGUUUUUUCGCUUUUAUUACAUUCUUAAAAUGACUGUAUUAUGGUUGUUUGUAGCUGUGACACAAUUAUCUUACUUAAAUAGGUAGAACGUUUGCAACAUGAAUUAUGUGGUUUUCAUCAGAAUUGUAUAUAUGUUUGACUAAUUGUCGCGACCCAUUGUAACAUAGGACCAGCUUAUGAUCUGACCAGUGCCUAUGUAGGAAAAUUUAGAACCUCUUCAUGGUUACAGAAUGUAGUAUAAAACUGUUUGGAUUUUAGUAUUUACUUUGAAAACCGUGUAUUAGUACUCUAGCUCUUACUGAAUCUGUUUAAGUAAUUGCAUAAGAUAAGAGCAUAAUGAAAAACAUACAAUAGAAAAUUGAACACAGAAGUAAACUUGCCUUCAAUCGAUUGUGAAGCUAUCACAUAAAAUUGAAGAUUAAGAUAUUUGUAUAUUGUACCAACAGUAGAUUCUCAUUUUGCAGUCAUUUAUAUAAUUAAGUCAUUAGAUUAGGAUUAUGUUCCACUAUUCCACCAAUUAUUUUCUCUUUUCUUCUUUGUUUUGCUUUUUAAUUGUCUGAAAACAAAUUGUUAUUUACAUAUAAAAGAUGGAAUUGAUUCAAGUUGUAUGCAGUAUAAAGCAGAAAAUUGCCCGUCACUCAACAAAGAAAUUACUGACUGAUCAUAAUCCUGGAAAACAGAAUCUAACAAUAAUGAAACACUAACAAACAAUAUUGUUAGAAAACUUUCAUCAUAUAAACAGAACUAUAUGUCACUAAUAAAGAACUAAACAUAGCUUUGGGGUAUCAAUUUUUUAGAAUAUUUGCUUAGUUUUAGCGUUUAACGAUUUAUUUUCUUCUGAGUUAUCCAAUUUUGGUUCGUAAAUCUGUUAUUUAAAUUUUCUUUCCGUUUCAUUAUUUGUAGUGAGGUUGUAAACCAUCAGUUUAGAAGAAUAUUGUGAUGUGUGGAUAAAAAGAGGAUAAGGAGAGCCCAUAUGAAGACCAUUGUUUUGAAGGAAAAAACAAGAUAUUAAAUGACUAGCACUCUGGAAAAUGCAAGCUUAAUGUGUGCGUAAACAUCGUCGUAGAUUAGCCUGUGCAGUCAGCGUAGGCCUAUCAAAGGGUACACUUUCUACUUAAACUAAAAUCAAGUCCACGCAGAAACAGUCUUUCCUAUUUAGCCUGUACAGACUGCUUAGAGUAAUCAGGGACAUGCACAAUGCAUUAAGCCAAGUUUUGCCGAGAACCAACUCAACUAAUUGCUUGUCCUCAUUUGCUCAAAUGUAUUCAUUACGUAUUAUCACCGCCCAGUUGGUAUGCAUUGCAUUCUGCAGUAUUCUAAGGUAUAUUCUGGUUAGACGUUUUAUUUUGUAUUUUAUGCUUACCAGCUUUUAGAUCAGGUUUUAAAUAAUGACCGAUGCUUUGUUUCCUUUUUUGCAAUGGCAUAUCAGAGUGUAUGUAUUUAUUUUGCCUAUAUUUAUUGUCUAAAUGUGUCAGAAAUAUAUUGAUAACUUUACUUAAAUUGGUAACUAAUUAGGGGUACUUACUUCAAUUUUAGCUGGAAACAUAAGAAUAACUUAUUAAUAUUCUUCCACUUUAUUAACAUCUGUAAUUUGAAUGCUGAAUAUAAUAUUGAUCAAUUAUUAAUAAUGUUGUCUACAUUAAUUUGCUUGCAUACAAUGGCUGAAGAUUUCAAUUGUGUUCAUGAAGAACAAGAUAAACAUGCACAUACAUUGUUCCAGUAUAUGGGUGUUUUAUAAUUUUGUGAUAUUCACUUAAUGUAAAAUAUAAAAAAAUCUAAGUAAAUGUUUAAAUGAAUCUAAGUGCUGAUUGUAAUUUAAGUUAUUCUAAUUUGUAAAAUUUGUUAUAGAAAUCAAACCAAAAACGAAUUUAGCUCCAUAGGUUUGCAGAUAUAAUCUUUAUUCUUAUUUUGAUGUGUAAAACUUAAUAUGACCCGCGUUGUGCAAAAAUGUUUCUUAAUGCAUUUCCAAACAUAGUAGCCCCAGACAUGCCUCUGCAUCCCUAUACUUUUAUGAGGAGUGGUAAUGUUGCAAAUACAGCCACAAGACCUUGUGAAACUUGAUAUCAGACAGGGCUGCCCCAGGCCAGACUGUGUGUUUGGGCAGUCAAGUCUGGAGCUACGCUGGCAGCAUAUGGCAGAAAGUCUGUUUACAUUAUGCAGCUCAUAUACAAAAAAAGUACAAUGGCAAUUACUGGGUUACUAAAUGGGCUGAAAAUUUGAAAUGUUCAGUUAUAUAUUUUCUGAAGUUUGUGAUAUGUGCCCCAAGUGUGAUAGAUUAGAUUUUGAAAUGAAUAUGGCCGAAAUGAAUAUUCCCGAAAAAAAUUAUCACAAGAUUCUUGUUGCUUGUUUAUGCUGAGAACAAAACUUUCUUGCAAUUUGUUAAGGCUGGUUUGUUUCACAUUCAAGCAUACAUUCACUAAGGUGAAUACAUGUAUUCUGUAAAUAUUCUAACUUUAUGAAAUAAUUUUAUAUGAGAAAUAUUAGCACAAAACAACAAUACUUUUUUUGAUGAUGAGAUAUAUAUAUACCGGUAUAUUAAUUAUACCAGAUAUUUUAUGCUGUAUAAAAAUGCUGUCUUUAAGAUACUGCUCUGAUGGACCUGCUUCCAAUCCAAUAUGGACUUACCAUGUAUGUGUUUUUAAUGUCAAAUGCAUCUAGAAAAUACCUAAUAUAUCACAAAUAACAUACCCUUGUAUGAAAAUAAGCAAUAUUGACAGUAAUAGAACUACACAAAUCAGAAAUUCUGGUUACACGGUUCAUUUAAUUAAAAUCAACUCAUUCAAUCUAGAAUGUAAAUAUAAGUCAUAAAUAUGUGUAUGCCCCCCUUCGAAGAAGAGGGGGUAUAUUGUUUUGCACAUGUCGGUCGGUCGGUCCGUCCAUCAGAUGGUUUCCGGAUGAUAACUCAUGAACGCUUAGGCCUAGGAUCAUGAAACUUCAUAGGUACAUUGAUUAUGACUGGCAGAUGACCGCUAUUGAUUUUCAGGUCACUAGGUCAAAGGUCAAGGUCACAGUGACUCGAAAUAGUAAAAUGGUUUCCGGAUUAUAACUCAAGAAUGCUUACACCUAGGAUCAUGAAACUUCAUAGGUACAUUGAUUAUGACUGGCAGAUUACCCCUAUUGAUUUUCAGGUCACUAGGUCAACGGUCAAGGUCACAGUGACUCGAAAUAGUAAAAUGGUUUCCGGAUGAUAAUUCAAGAAUGCUUACGCCUAGGAUCAUGAAACUUCAUAGGUACAUUGAUCAUGACUGGCAGAUGACCCCUAUUAAUUUUCAGGUCACUAGGUCAAAGGUCAAGGCAUCAGUGACUCACAACAGUAAAAUGGUUUCCUGAUGAUAACUCAAGAAUAAUUAGGCCUACAAUCAUGAAACUUAAUAGGUGCAUUGAUCAUGACUGGCAGAUGACCCCUAUUGAUUUUCAGGUGACUAGGUCAAAGGUCAAGGUCACAAUGACAAAAAACGUAUUCACACAAUGGCUGCCAAUACUACUGACAGCCCAUAUGGGGGGCAUGCAUGUUUUACAAACAGCCCUUGUUUAUUUAUAUUUCUUCAUUCACCUGUAUUUUAAAGUGCAAUUUUAUGGAACCGAAAAAUAGUUCUGUCUUGCAAAAAACAUGCAGCAAAAUAGGGCCGUGCUCUGUGAAAAAGGGGUUUUAAUGCAUGUGUGUAAAAUGUCGUCCUAGAUUAGCCUGUGCAGACUGCACUGGCUAAUCUGGCAAGACACUUUAUGCACAUGCAUUAAACACCCUUUUCACAGAGUGCGGCUCAAUAAAGGUAAGUGUUUUUUCCGGACAGUUGCUGAUAAAUUGUGUGACCUUUUUAGUGGGUUUGACAAUCGGUUAUUGUUAUGAGGAUUAAUUCCCAUUGUUAGUAGAAAUUUAUUUCUUCACUUUUAAUUGCAAUGCAUUAUAGAUUGAUUUUUUAAAUAAAAACAAGAAUUUAAGAAUAAUGAUUAUAAAAAAAAAAUGAUAAAAUGUCAAGUUUCCCACAACUGCAAAAUCAAGUGUUUGUUUUAUGUUGUUGCUGUUUUUUUGUUCUCUGGGACAUAUUAAUUUCUUUUCUGUUCUAAUGGUAUUGAAAUUAUUUCAGCAUGAACUUAUUUGCUUGAUAACUUAAGUUUGUUUAAUAAUUUGAUGUUUAUGGAUUACCUUGUGAAAAAGGUUUUUUACCACUUUCAGUUAUUUGAAUUUUAUUUGUUCGCAUUUAAUUUGAUAAAUUUAAUGAAAUAAUCAGCGUUUUAAUUUAUAUAUCACCAGCCAUUUAUAAUAAUUGAGUUACAUCAACCAGAGGUGUUAAAUUUAGUGCAUAUCAUAAUUGCUAAUUUGCUACCUAUUCACAUGUGGAUUUUCAUUUUCAUAACACUUGAUGUUAAUGUUCAGUUAGACAUGUGUUGGAUUAUAUGUAUAUAUUAGAAAAUGGGUCUUAUGCCACAAGUUGUCUGCGUAGCUCCAGAAAUCCUGUGCAGAGGCAUAGUUGCGUCAGGAGCUACCCUGUCUGCUAUUAUGUCAAGCAUGGUUUAUUUUCCUCAUAAUCGGACAAGGUUUUGUUUUACCAGAUAAUAUGAAUGUGCCGGCUGAUCUUGAGGUACGUUGGCCCUUUAUGGCAUAAGGCCUAUUUUUGCACUUUGUGGCUCAUGUUUAUUGAAAUAUGAAGCUGUUUUGUGACCCACAGUGUUACCCAUGAGUGCUUCUUCCUCCUUCAGAUAUCAUUGUAUCAUGUCCUGGGUACUUUGCCAUUUUGUUGAUAGAUUUACAUGAUGCAAAAAUAUUUUCCUUAAUCAAUUUUAGUACCUUUUUUUUUUUUUUUACUGUCCCGAUAGAAUGCAACUUUGAGCAGAUUCUUCGUAGCGCUACAGGAAUUGUUUUUAAAUUGAACAACUAUAUUUUUGAUAUGUCUCGCUGUGUUGAUGUUAAAUUUGGCACAGCCAAUAGAUUGUUGUUACAUGUAAUUGCAAGUGUCUUUAGAACUUUGAAUAUUUUCAUGUUUAAUUGUCGGUACAGUCUUCACUGGUAUUGUAAAAUGUUUGAACAGAGUAUAUGAAGUGUAUUUGGUAUAUAUCAUAUCAAAUUAUAUCAAGAACACUUUGACUUGAAAGGAUUUUCAAUCUGUGUUAAUUUCAGCAAAGAAAAUGUACAUUGUAACAUUUUAUGUACAAAAAAAAUAAAAUUGUUGCAUAAAAAUAAA